AUGCGCAACCCCAAUGGCUGCCGCGUACUGCUCCUCCUCCUACCAGCCCUUCUCCUCCUCGCAAUCGCCGCCUUGACCAAUAUCCUCGAAAGCAUAUCGAAGGAUUCAUUUGAAGACAGUCUCGAUCGCAACAUGCGCAGCGGCGCUCGUCAAGUCGUCUUAUCGCGCCCCGGCGGCACUGCCUCGAACGACACUACCGUAAUCAUAGACAUGAACAAUGGGCCCAUAUACGCCAUACUGGGGUUGUGCAUACUAGGAUAUGGAAUCGGCUUGCUCAGCGCGGCUGGGAUAUGGCAGUUGAGGCGAACAGAGGGUACGGCAGCACAUGAGAGGAAAUGGACUUGGGUUGUCCUCAUCGCCAAUAUCUUAAUGGUGGGCGCGAGUCUGGGUGUCUUUGGAUAUGCAAGCUCAGUUCAAAGUAGUGAUAAGAGCUGGCAGAACUACGAAGACGUUGGACAGGAGGACCAGGAGCAUACAAGAGAAACGUGGGCAUGUCAGAUCAGCCAAUUCUACCCUGAUCGAGAUUGGGCUGGUACUGCUUGUGGGACUACAAAAGCGAUGAGGUUCUUGUUGAUACCCAUGGCUGUGGCGGCUCUGUCUGUAUUCAUCAGUCUGUGGGUCCUCAUACGGGCGAGAGGAGGUGUGAAAUGGAUGUUUGGUGGGAAGGGGAGGUAUGCUGGGUUUGCAAAUGCUUAUGAGAUGCGACCACCUGGCCCACCGUCGCCUUAUAAUGGUCCACCCGGGCAACAAUGGGUUCAACAGCCUUGGCCGGCACAGCCUGGACAGCAAUGGGCAGGACAGCCUGUGCAACAGCAGUGGGCACCGCAACCUUAUCAACAAUGGGCACCGCAACCUUAUCAGCAAUGGGGUCCGCAGCCUGUACAGCAAUGGGGUCCUCAACCUGUCGUUCAGCAGCCAUAUACUCAGGUGCAGAAAUCAGAUGCUACUGUGGAGCGGCGUCCGGUCUUUGGAUGA